AUGAAUGCACCAUUAAAUGAAAUUCAAUUUAAAAUUAACAAUGAGGAUAAAAUGUUCGAUACUAUUACCAAGCAUAAUAUUGAGGAUAAUAAAAUUGUCUACUCAAGUUUUCUCGAUUUACUACCUAAAGAACUUCGAGAAGAUGAUCCAUGUUUAAAAAACCCAUCUGAAGAAGAAUUAAAAAAAAAAACAAAUAAAUCACGUCAAGCUCUCGAAGUUCUUGUAUCAUCUAGAGUACCAACUGGUAUACCUAUUCAACAUAGAGAAAAAAAAACAUCUGUUCAAUAUAUUCAUUAUACACCAUCACAACAAGGACCUACUUUUAGUUCUAGUGCUAAACAACGUAUUAUUCAAAUAGUCGAAGUUCAAAAAGAUCCUAUGGAAUCACCUCGAUUUAAAAUUAAUAAGAAAAUCCCUCGUAGACCUCCAAGUCCUCCAAUUCCAAUUCUUCAUUCACCAAAACGAAAAAUUACUAUAGAAGAACAAGAAAAUUGGAAAAUCCCACCAUGUAUUUCUAAUUGGAAAAAUACGAAAAAUAAUACAAUUCCACUUGAUAAACGUUUAGCAACCGAUGGUCGUGGUCUUCAAAAUACACAUAUCAAUGAAAAUUUUGCUAAACUUCCUGAAGCUUUAAACAUAGCUGAAUUCAAGGCUCGUGAAGCAAUUAAUAUGCGAGCUAAAAUGGAAAAACAAAUAGCUAAGAAUCAAAAAGAAGAAAAAGAAGAACAAUUACGUGAAUUAGCUCGUCGUGCUCGAACAGAACAAGCAGGCAUUCGUUCUAUUAAUAAGUAUGAUGGUCAAAGUGCUGAACGUGAUCAAAUUCGACAAGAAAGACAAAAAGAUCGACAACAUGAUGUUGCUCUUCAACGAGCUGAAGACGAUAAAGAAAAUCGUUCAAAAGAACGUGAUAUCAGUGAAAAAAUUCCAUUAGGUAUACAAACUACAAGUAAUACAAAUGUUCAAUUUGAUCAACGUCUAUUUAAUAUGUCGUCGGGUUUGAGUCGUAGUUUGGGUGAUGAUGAAUCUUAUAAUGUAUAUGAUCAACCUUGGAAUUCUUCAACUGCUGUUACUUCUCAAAUUUAUUAA